AUACGUAACACUUGUUUAUCCCUACAAAAACAAGACUUUGCGAUUUCACCAGUUGUUAGUUUACCCUGGUCACAUACGCCGACGCGUAGUCACGAUGGUCUUCCACUCCUCGGUGAAAUGUGUACUCUUACUAUUUUUACUCAUGAUCAGUAUUUGUUCGAUAAAUUACGCCCAGACCAAGGAUAUCGCCGCUCCGGUGGUAACGAUUCCUCAAGGAACCCUACAAGGAACAAUUCGAACAACCAAUCACAAUCGGAAUAUUUCUGCUUUCUUGGGAAUUCCUUAUGCACAACCACCAAUUGGGAAUCUCAGAUUUGCAAAUCCCGUAGCUGCGGAUGGCUGGAAUGGAUCUCGCAAGGCUAACGUAGACUUAAGUAUGUGCCCUCAAGCCUCAGAGGAUAUUGUCUUGGGCAAUGAAGACUGCUUGUGGCUCAAUAUUUACACACCGCAGUUUCCGGAGAGCAACAACUCGGCAUUACUUCCGGUGAUCGUGUAUAUUUACGGAGGAGGUUUUAGGACUGGAAAUGCUAGAUCUGAUAAAUACGGCCCAGAUUACUUACUUGAUGCAGACAUAGUACUGGUUCUUCCAAGUUACCGUGUUGGUCCACUUGGAUUUUUGAGUACCGGUGACGAGGUGGCCUCAGGAAAUUGGGGGCUCAAGGAUCAGGUCUUGGCACUAAAGUGGGUUCAAAAAAACAUAAAGUACUUUGGCGGCGAUCCUGAUAGAGUCACAUUUGUUGGAGCGAGUUCAGGCGGCGCGUGCGUGCAUCUUUUGACGCUGUCAGAUGCAACAAUUGGGCUUUUUCAUAAAUAUAUAACGCAGAGUGGAUCAGCGCUCGCAACAUGGGCUCAUACACCCAGAGCUGCUUGCGCGAGCCGCGCUUUUCAACUUGGCGAGUACGUCGGAUGUUUCAACAACACGUCGGAUUCUCUAAUCGACUGCCUGCGAACAAUUGACUUUGUUGAUAUUCUUGCCACGCAACCGCAGUUUUUUGAGUGGCGCACAUAUCCAGACCUCAUUUGGGGCCCUACCGAUGAGCCGGACAUCGAAGGCGCAGUACUAACCGACAGUCCCACGAAUCUUUUUGCUGCUGGAAAGAUCCGUGACCUGCCUUGGAUUUCCGGUGUCACCCGAGAUGAAGGAACCAUGUACACGGGAGAUUUCUUCGACAGUGAAGAAAUGUUUCAAGAUUUUCUCGAGAACUAUGACUUUGCCUUGCCCCGCAUGAUGAGCUUGACAUACCAACCGGACAAAGGAAGUGCUUACGUUAACGGCAUAAAGUCGUAUUACUUAAACAACGAUCUGACCACCAAUACAAGUGUUCUACUCGCUAACAUUACGCACGCCACUGGCGAUGGUAUGUUUCGAUAUCCGGCCUACGACGCACUUCUACAGCAAAAUUCUAUGGCAAAGAAUCCACAGUACUUCUACACUUUCAACUAUCGAGGAACUUUCUCCAACAUUUACCGUUAUUAUAAUACAACGAAAGAAUUGGGUGUAGCUCACGGUGACGAAACCUUUUACAUCUUUGCACCUGAACCGCAGUUUGCCAGACUAAAUUUAAACAAAACCACGACCAGAAGAGAUUUGGAAAUCGUAGACAUCAUGGUUCAGUUGUGGACCUCCUUUGCAACCAAUGGAACACCGACGACUUUGGCUUCAAACGGCACAAUAUGGAAACCAUUUUCGGCUGCAGAGAGAAACUAUCUUCAAAUAGGAAACGGAUCUGAAGUUUCGCUCAAAGUUCAGCAUUCUUUCUUUGAGGAGCGAAUGAAAUUUUGGGCUACCUUAAAAGAAACUCCAAAGACCUUAACUGUCCUAUCAAACGGCUCAAAUGUCAUAACAUCCAAAUUUUAUUCAUUAUUCGUACUUAUGUUAUCUUUUUCAAAGAUAUUUUUGUAACAGCGAUGAAGAAAUGGAUAAAAAAAUGGAGUCUUUUGCAGACAACUGAAAUAUAAACCUCAGUAUAAUCAGUAUUAAAUAAAUAGUAGAGUCACGAAGAAAGGGGGAUGUUUGUUAGUUUUAUUCCAUCUUGUGAUAUUUUCAACAGUUAUGUGAAUCUUCUGAUUACAAAAUGCUCACACUUACGCCCAUUUUCUCCGAUACAGUUUGAACGGCGUUCAGUUUCUUCUGUAAGGUUUGGAGAUAGGCUGAACUUAGUUUAAACUUGGAUUACCGUUGCAGGAUUCGGGUCUUUUUAGAGUUGGGUUAGUUAGCACUAGUAUGGAAUAAUCAUAAGCAAUAAGAAUGGAUAUGGUCAUUCCGGUCAGGUCUUACAUCUUAUGCACACUGAGUGCGAUUUUUCUAGAAUUUUUCUUCUGCUAUUGGUUAAAAACUAGAGAAAGCGCAGUUGUUGCGACGAUUAUACAACCGUGGUCGUUGCGCUCCGUGUGCAACCAGUGAAAAGCGCUUACUACUAGAGAGUUACUACGUUUACGCACGAUCGUUUCACACAUUAUGCGUUGAUUAUAUGUAUAAUUUGUACCAUGCUUAUGCACACCACUAAUAAUCUGUACAUUGCAUAAACAGCGCAUGAUGCUUUAAUAAAAUUAAACAAAAUUAUUAAACUGUACAAGUUAAACACACUAAAAGUGCAGGGAGGAUGGGUAAACUUAGUGAAUUAUAAUAUGUUCGUGCUGUUCGACGUGAAACAUCAUUUCUGAACCUCAAAUAGUUUAUAUUAAGGGUGCGUUCAGAAACU